AUGCAAAGUGCUUUUAUUCCUGGCAGAUUAAUCACUGAUAAUAUUUUAGCUGCCUAUGAGACUAUGCACACUAUGCAGACUCGCAUGUGGAGUAAAACAGGCUUUAUGGGUCUCAAGCUCGAUAUGAGUAAAGCUUACGACAGGGUGGAGUGGGGAUUUUUGGAAUCUGCUAUGCUACGGAUGGGUUUUGAGACAAAAUGGGUGCAACUUAUUAUGGCAUGUGUGAGAUCAGCACAUUAUUCAGUCUUGGUGAAUGGCAAUCCGGUUGGAGAUAUUCGACCGUCCAGGGAUAUACGCCAAGGUGACCCGAUCUCUCCAUAUAUUUUCUUGAUUUGUGCUGAGGUGCUGAGCUCUUUACUUACUCAGGCAGAACAAAAGGGAAUUAUUACAGGGGUGCCGACUUCCCCCAGAGGUCCAAAAAUCAGCCACCUUUUCUUUGCGGAUGACAGCAUCCUCUUUUGCAAAUCUAACUCUGUGGAAUGGAGACGGUUAUUGAAAAUCUUGGGAAUUUAUGAGGCAGGGUCGGGCCAAAAGCUAAAUUUGGAGAAAGCGGCUAUUUUCUUUAGUCGGAAUACUAGCCUAUCUCGACGAGCUGAGAUUCUAAAUUUGUCCGGAUUGACAGAAGCUCGAAGAUUUGACACAUAUUUGGGAUUACCGGCAUUGAUUGCUGGAAAAGAAGUGCUUUUGAAGGCGGUGGUCCAAGCGGUACCAACUUAUAGUAUGAGUGUUUUCUUGCUGCCUACUACUCUUUGCAAAGAUCUCAAUAAAUUGAUGCAACAAUUCUGGUGGAAUCAUAUGGCUUCUACUUCUAGUAUUCACUGGAUGAGUUGGGAAAAAAUGGGGAGAUCUAAACGUUGUGGAGGGCUUGGUUUUAGGGAUCUUAUUUGUUUUAACAAGGCUUUACUUGCAAAACAAGGAUGGCGACUUCUCCAGAAUCCAUCCUCUCUUGUGGGUAGAAUUCUAAAAGCCAAGUAUUUUCCAAGAUCCUCUUUUUUGGAAGCUUUUAUUGGUAAUCAUCCUUCCUAUGCUUGGAGGAGUAUUCUCUCAGCUAGGGAGCUUUUGCAGCAGGGUAUUUUAUGGAGGGUUGGAGAUGGCACAAAGAUUCAAAUUUGGAGGGACAGGUGGCUACCUACCCCUACUACAUAUAAGAUCCAGUCUGUCCCUAUUCCACAAAUGGAGGAUUCACGGUUGGCUAUGCUCAUUAAUAGGGAUACAAAGAUGUGGGAUAUUUCCCUUUUCCAUGUACUCUUUCGACCUGAGGAGGUGAAGGAUGUGUGGAGUGUGGGUCAAUCUCCAUUCCAGAAAUGUGCUUUCAUUGAUUUUACUUUCAUGGAGAUUUUUAUGGAGUGUUGUAGCCGCUUUGAAGUUGAGCAAAUGGCUAUCUUUGCUGUCCUUGCCAGAAGAAUUUGGUUUAGAAGAAAUGCUAUGUUGUUUGAAGGUAAAAAUGAACAUCCAAACCAGAUUUACCGAGAAGUGGUGACAGCGGCUGCUGAUUUUAUUGAUAAUAAUAGAGGGGAAGAAUCUGCGGUUGAACCUGUAGUUUUUAAUACGGGCUCCUGGACUCAUCCACCUUCAGGUAUUGUUAAAAUUAAUUUUGAUGCUGCUUUAAAUCAAGAGAAAGGAAUGGUGGGGAUUGGUGUGGUGGCGAGGGACUCAAUGGGCUUCCUAUUGGGUGCUAAAUGUUUUUCUAUCCAUAUAUUCACUGAUCCUCAUACAGCAGAAAUGCUGGCAGCAACAUAUGCAGUAUCUUUUAGUAAGGAGGUAGGUUUUUUUGAAGUGAUUUUUGAAGGCGAUGCACUGAAUGUUAUUAAGGAGGUGAAUUCUAAUCCACCUUUUCUUUCGAGCGUUGGUCAUUUGGUUGAAGGCAUUCGAAAUGAGGUGGGUUUUUUUAGAACAUAUUCUUUUGUCCAUGUAACUAGAGGUCUCAAUGAAGCUGCUCAUAUUUUGGCUAAGACUGCGAUUACUAAUGUUGUUGAUGAUGUUUGGUUAGAAGAAAUUCCUCCUUGUAUUUUGGAGACUAUUACUAGGGACUUUCAAGUCCUUAGAUCCUAA